AGGUCGGCUCUCCGGCACCUGUCCUAUCACUCGCAGGUAUUCAUGAAACCCAAUCACGAGGCGCUGCAUGUGAUGAACCAUUUCUACGAUUACCCCAAAGCCAUUGAUAUGAAUGCCGGCAACAAAGAGAUAACUAAGGAGAGCGUUGAAGAGCUGUACGCGAGGAUCAAAGCCAAACACAGCGAGACUAAGGAUCAGCUCCAGACGUAUGACGUUCAGCACCGGUUCCUCUAUCCAACACUUAGACCCUAUCAGUGCGAAGCCGUUCAAUGGAUGCUAAAUCGGGAACACAUCGAAACGAUUGGAUCGCAUCAGCAUUUAUACGAAACUGUGGUCACAAUAGACGGCACAUGCCUUGAAUACAACCGAUAUAUGGGUUACUUUAUUUCGGGCAAAAGUGAGGCCCGAAAUUACAUUUACGGCGUCUCGCAGUCGGGAAUACUAGCCGAUGAGAUGGGUUUGGGAAAGACUAUAGAAGUGCUGUCAUGUAUACUAAGCAAUCCCAGGCCACAGGCGUCGGGUGACCAGUCGUCGACCGACUCUUACCACGAAUACAACGCACCCGAACUCAUCGACUGGGACUCCAACGGCCAGACAGAGGAGUGUUUUGCGUGCGUUUGCGGUCUUAUAUCAAACAUAAGAGCGUAUCGGCGCCGCAAACUUAUUAUCUUCGACACCAUCACUGAUGAGGGAACCGAUCACUUCCAGUGCGACGCUCACAAGAGAGAUGACUACAACAGCGAUGAUAACGAUGGUAACAAUGAUGACAACAGCGAUACAGAAGUUGACGAAGAGUUUACCGACGAAUGGAAGAACAACUUUUUGGCCGUAGAGGACAUCCGCCGAUACCGGCGGCGCUCAAAGAAGUUGGCGAAGAAGUUGGCCGAAAAAAUGCUGGUCCGGUGCCGCGGGUGCGGCUCAUAUCAACACGCGGUGUGCGUCAACUAUAAGGUGGAGACCCGGCGGCCGUACUAUUGCGGCCACUGUUGGGCGCGACCGACGAUGAAACGGGUGGACUCGAGGGCCACUUUGAUUGUCAGCCCGCGCUCUAUUAGCCAUCAAUGGCAGGACGAGAUCACCAAACAUGUCGACUGCACUGAUCUCAACGUUUAUGUCUACGAAGGCGUCAAGUCUGCGGAAGGUUAUGUCCAGCCGUUUGAUUUGGCCGACAAUGACAUAGUGCUGACCACAUACGAGACGCUGCGGUCGGAGAUUGAUUUUGUCGAUUUGCAUCACUCGAAUCGGUUCCGUAACCCGAAACGAUUCAACGCCACGCCAUCGCCGCUGCUGUCGAUCAAUUGGUGGCGCGUGUGUCUGGACGAGGCCCAGAUGGUGGAGUCGGCGUCGGCUAAGACAGCGCAGAUGGCCCACAGGCUCUGGGGUCAGCACCGGUGGGCCAUCACCGGCACACCCGUCCAGCGCUCUGUCGACGACCUCUACGGCUUGUUACUCUUCAUUGGCGAAGAGCCCUUCCAUGAGCGACACUAUUGGGACAAAAUGCUGUAUUACCCGUACGCUAGCGGCAAUUACCAGCCAAUGGUGGAGGCGUUGAGAAAAUGCUUUUGGCGCACAUCCAAACAGGAAGUGUGGGAUCAGUUGGGAAUACCGGCCCAGACGUCGACGAUCGCGAGGCUACAGUUCUCGCCGGUGGAGCAACACUUCUACUCCAGACAGCACUCGGAGUGUAAGCAAAAGUUUACCGAAAAAAUGGUCCGCUUUUCCAAUUUGGACGUAAAGCUGAAAGAGUUGGACAAAAAGACGGCCAAUAUUGUGAUGAAACCGAUGCUCAGUCUUCGACAGGCUUGUUGUCACCCGCAGGCGGUUCGGGGAAAGUUUGUGCCCAUCUCUAAGAAGACGCUAACCAUGGAUGAGCUGCUGAAGGAUAUGAUCAAAAAUACCCAAUACGAGUGCGAAGAGGAGCACCGGAAGAUCAUCUCUUCUGUCAACGGAAUGGCCGGCAUUCAUAUCAUUGAAAAAGACUACGAGAAGGCCAUCGAGUUCUAUAGGCGGGCAUUGAAUUCAAUUGAAUCAUACAAAGCCAAAGACCUGUUCCGUACGGACAAACUACAGCUGAUCCAUACGUUGCAUAAUUUGGCCGAAAUCAUGGAGUUGUGUGGCGUUCGCCAGAAGGACAAGCAUUCCGAUGAAUACUAUAAUAAGGAGAAUGAGAAUCAACCGAAGAGAACUGAGAUAACGCUGAGCGUAGACUUUGGUCGUACUCUGCGGGACGAGUACCUAAACUACGAGUCCAUACAAUUGCAUGACGAGUAUUUGGCCAAAGGGACCGCCGGUGUGGCCGAAGUGACCGCACAGUUGACACCGUUGGAGGAGACUGUGGAACAGUUAGAAGACUCAUUCCAAUCGUUGAAACAAAACCCGUGGUGGAAGUCAGCCAUCGAUUAUCUGCGCGCUAUAGACGAAGAGCAGGCGCUGAUCGGACGGGUGAAGGACGUACUCGAGGCGCACGACUUGCACGGAAUGGUCGCCAAAGGGGGAGGCGUUAAGACAUCACAGUUCGUGUCUAUAUCGGAGAAGUUCGCCGAAGGGUCGGGUCUGAAGUACGUGUUGGACAAGUGUCUGCGCGAAUUGCAUCACUCGCGUAGUGUUGUCCGCCAGCGGGUGAAGAGUUUGCGGGCGAAACCCACGGAUACGGAGCUGAACCAAGCGAUCGACUGUCACCUGAGGCCCGAAAAGGACAAAGAGGGCAAUCGGGCGCAGAGUGUUGUCAAAUGUAAAUACUGUUUAAUACACGAGUUGUUCAACGAUUACGAGAAGAAAUUGUAUUACUUUAGCGUCGAUGAGAAGACAGAAGAGGCCGGAUGUAAGUCCGCGGCGCUCAUGGAAAAGUUACGUCACGGCACGUGGGCUGACAGCGAGACCGAACAGUGUCUGAAAGAGAUCAACAAACUGUUCCGUUUGAAAACGGAUUCCGGAGACAAUCGUCACGCCGUUAUCCGAGAUGACGGCCAAAAUCACCUCAAACUGUUCGACGCUCUGAAGAAGGAGUUUCGCGGUCUGCGGGCCGUAUGGAUAGAGAUCUACGACUACGUGGCGCUCAUCGAUGAGCUAAAUAUGGCCACAAUUCGGCUUCGGGUGCGCUUUCCGGACGAACCCAAACCCAAAGAGACCAUCACUUAUAUUCUGGAGCCGUCGGAAGUGCCGACUCAGAUGCUGUCAUUGCAUUCGGACGAAGUGGUGGCCAAGAAUGCACUUCAGUAUCGUUUGUCGCGUUUGUAUUAUUUGAAUAAUCUGUCGAAAGAUGAUUCCAAACGCAAAGGCGGCCACAAUCCCGACAUGUGUCCGAUAUGUCACUUCGAAAUGGGCGAACAGUGGUCUGUUAUGCAGUGCGGCCACAGUCUGUGCGUCAAAUGUCUGGACAUAAUGCUGGCCGAGUACUCGCGCCGGACGGGCGCCGGUCUUAGCAUACAGUGCGCGAUGUGUCGCGAAUACUGUCCGGCGUCGGCCGUACUGUACGUGAACUCGACUGCCGGCGACAAAGAGGCCGAUCAGCUGGAAGUGGCCGGCAGUUGGUCCACGAAAGUGGAGGAAGUGGUCCGAUGUUUGCUACAGAUAGUGGCCGACGAGCCGACGGCCAAAUCGCUGGUGUUCAGCACCUGGACGGACGUACUUCAGCUCAUAUCCAACGCGUUGGUCGACAAUCAAUUCAAUCACUGUUUUAUUGCCAAUUCAUCUAAAUUUAGCCAAAAAGUGGACACAUUUAAGCAAAACCCGGAGAUUAAGGCACUGCUGAUGGCCAUUGAUUUGGGCGCCAAAGGGCUGAACCUAAUAGAGGCCACGCAUGUGAUACUCGUCGAGCCGACGCUCAAUAAGGCCAACGAACUGCAGGCCGUCGGACGCGUCCACCGAAUCGGACAAACAAAACCGACUUUUGUUCACCGCUUUAUCGUGAAGAACACCAUCGAAGAGAGAAUCUCCAGUUUGUAUUCAAUCGACGGCCAGACCGAGGGCUCGGCCGACGGCCCACUUUCGCCCCAAUUGUUGCAAACCUCUGAACACGCGUUCAUUACAUUGAAUCAAAUGAAACGUCUGUUUGACGGCAAUUAGCGAUAUAUUUAAUCGCGAAAAACUGACUAAAAAUAUCAUUGAUUACGAGUUUAGACAUUAAGUUUUUCAUUAAUUUCAGACAAACACUUA